ACUGUAACGACAUUUAGAUACAGUUUAUUUUUUAUCAUUUCAAAAUCUAGAUCAUUUUACCUAAAAUGCGUAUUACUCUGUCCCGGUUGGCCAGCUUCACUCCAAAAUUAAAGGAGCUGCGAAUCAUACUUGACCCCAGAGGAGACACUUCCAGGGGAGCCAGGGAGUAUGUGGAAAGAUUCUAUCCCAAUCUGAAGAAACAGAAUCCCGACCUGCCAAUCUUGGUGCGCGAGUGCUCCGGCGUCCAGCCGAAACUCUAUGCCCGCUAUGGCAACGGCAAGGAGAUCUCCCUGUCCCUGGCCAACCAGGCUGCUCCCGACAUCCACAAAAACCUGGAGGCUGUUGGAAAGUAGUACUUACGCUUAGAAAACAACAUUAUAAUCCAAAAUAAAGGCUAAAGCAUUAACUAAAUAUAUGCACAAAUACGUGUAUAAUAAGUAA